AAUGGUUUCUAUGAGAUCCGUGUAGUUCCAGAAAAGGGCUUCGGCUGCUUCGCGAUCAAUCCGAUCAAGCGCGGGACCCGUAUCCUCGCUGAUUCACCUCUUCUCAUCGUCCCGAUCGCAGAGUACUUCCAAACAGACAUCCAGGCUGCGUUUGAUAAGCUGACCCAUGCCGAACAAGCCUUCUACUUCACCUUACACUCCGCCCACGGUCAGGAUCCCGCUAACUGGCCGCGUCGAAUCCAUGAUUCAGUCGUUGGUCGCGAACGCCAGAGGAUUGAAGAGCAGCACAAGGCGCGCGUGGGUAAAGAGCCAAGCCUGAUUAGCAUAUUCCAGACCAACUGCAUGGAAAAAGAUGGUGGUGCGGCAGUUUUCCCCAAUGCCGCCCGGUUCAAUCAUUCGUGCAAUCCCAACGCGUGCUUCACGUGGAAUCCCGCCAUCCAAAAGGAGACGGUUCAUGCGAUAAAGGACAUCCCGGCCGGAGAUCAAAUUACCUUGGCAUACUGCGAUACCACGCACGACAAGGCUACUCGUCAAUGGGAGCUCAAGCACUACGGAUUCCUUUGCGACUGUCAUGCAUGUUCAGGCGACGAGAGUGAUUCGAGCUCGUGGGCGGCCAAGAGCGCGGCAAGGAGGUACCGGAUGAUGGAACUGCAGCAAGAGACAAGGUACAAGCGUGGUAAAUUCCUAGAAUUUGGUGUGAAGACGGAAGCGUUUGUAGGGAAGCUACUGGAGUUUGCCAAGCUGAUGAACGAGGAGGGAGACUACACGGCUAGAGCAGCGGACAUCUAUCUCGACAUUGCUCUUGUGUGCGAACAACAUGGCGACCUGAACUUCGCGCGACUUGCAGCACAGAAGGCUCUUCAGAUCAUCAUGGACUGCGCAGGUCCCGAUUUCCCGGAUGCUAAGAAGUACGCCGGUGUGGUCAAGCGCAUCAAGGGCAAGAUUGAGAUGAAGAGCCAGGCAGACAGAGAGGUCGAGAAGAGGUGA